CAUAAGUAACGUAUUUAAUGCAAUAAUAUAUAAUAUACUUUAAGGAGUGAUGCUGUUUGUUCGCGUUUAAUAAAGAAGGAUUAUAACAAUAGAGAAAACAACGUCUAAAUAUUUUAUUUUUGAAAGAAGACAUCAAACCCACGCAAAAUGCCAUCAGUGGAAAAUACGGAAGAGUCUGCUGCUCCCCCUGUUCCAAAAACAGAGUUGGAGGAAUUGCAAAUAAAAGCUAACAGCGUUGCAGAUGAUUCUCUGGAAAGUACCCGCCGAAUGAUAGCACUAUGUGAGGAGAGUGCUGAGGUUGGGAUGAGAAGUAUUGUUAUGCUGGACGAACAAGGAGAACAACUUGAUAGAAUCGAGGAGGGAAUGGAUCAAAUCAAUGCUGACAUGAGAGAGGCAGAAAAAAAUCUCAGUGGAAUGGAAAAAUGUUGUGGUAUUUGCGUUUUACCCUGUAACAAAAGUCAAUCUUUCAAAGAAGAUGAUGGCACCUGGAAAGGAAAUGAUGACGGAAAAGUCGUAAACAAUCAGCCUCAACGAGUAAUGGAUGAUAGAAACGGAAUGAUGGCACAAGCUGGAUAUAUUGGAAGGAUAACGAAUGACGCCAGGGAAGAUGAGAUGGAAGAAAAUAUGGGGCAAGUGAACACAAUGAUAGGAAACCUUCGAAACAUGGCGCUUGAUAUGGGAUCUGAAUUGGAAAAUCAAAAUCGGCAAAUCGACAGAAUUAAUAGAAAGGCGGAGUCAAAUGAAGCGAGGAUAGCAGUGGCGAAUCAAAGAGCACACCAACUUUUGAAGUAAAUUUAUAUAUAUAUAUAUAUAUAUAUAUAUAUAUAUAAAUAUCAAGCCGAAGAUGCCAGUGUUUAUGUACAUACAACAAUUACAUUUUAUCAUAUUUCUAUAUAACAUAUAUUUGCAAUCACUGACCUUCUAUUCAAAGUUGGUCAGCGUUUGUCUUUACCUUUUGGAAACUCUGAGGUUUUCCCAUUUACAUUUUUUGCUCACUAUAAAAUGUAAAUGUGUAAAACAUUUAAUCAUUUUCAUAAAAUUGAUUUAUUUUAAUUUAUAAGACAUAAUGUUCGAUUAUCAUGAAUAAAUCUGUUUUGAUUUUGUCUUCCACA